UGAUCAAUUCAAACUUCAGAAGCUUUAGAAAUUUCCUGUGCUUGUCUUCCAAAAAACUUUGAGUCUUCAUGGAUAAGCUAAAUGUCCUAGCAAUGAUUUUCAUUGCCCAUUUCUUCAUUUUCCCACUAGCCUACUUCGUGCAUGGUGCUACAAUAACAUCAUGUAGCCAAACCCCAUACCCUGAAGUCUGCAACUAUUUCAUGGGAAAUAGUAUUGUCGCAGCAAGCCUUGAUCAAACCCAGUUCUCGUUCCGUGACCUGGCUAUCCAGGUGACCCUGAACCAAGCAGUUCGAGCUCACCGGCUCGUCUCGACGAUGGACUUGAGUUCAUUCGAUGAGCGAGCCAAGUUGGCUUGGAACGAUUGCUUGGAGCUCUAUGAGAACACCGUUAACCACCUUAACCACUCCAAGAGCACUAACAAUCCAAUGGAUGCUCAAACGUGGUUAAGUGCUGCGAUUGCCAACCAACAAACCUGCCAAAAUGGAUUCAUUGAUUUCAACUUGGCCUCUCAUUUACAAACCUUCCCAUCUAUGUUGGGCAACUUUUCGAAGUUGCUUAGCAAUUCUCUAGCCAUAAAUAAGGCCACUGUUACAUCCUCUUCUACCGCUAAACAAGUUGGCAAUCGACGCCUGCUUGCCCAUGGAUUUCCAGCUUGGCUUUCGGCUGCUGAUCGAAAGCUUUUGCAGAAAACUGGUGCACCACCGAAAGCUGAUAUUGUGGUGGCUCAAGAUGGUUCUGGCAAUUUUAAGAGCAUAUCCGAGGCUGUGGCAGCAGCUGGUGGAGGCAAAAGAACUGUUAUAUACGUGAAAGCUGGAGUUUACAGGGAAAAUGUGAAUAUUAAGAAGUCAAAUAUAAUGUUAAUUGGGGAUGGAAUGGAUGCAACGGUCGUUACUGGUAGCAAGAGUGCUCAAACAACAACAACUUUUAGCUCAGCAACUGUUGGUGUGGCGGGUGACCGCUUCGUAGCUCGUGAUAUAACCUUCGACAACUCGGCCGGUCCCCAGAAACACCAAGCUGUAGCCUUCCGGUCCGGCUCCGAUCACUCAGUGAUCUACCGAUGCAGCUUCAAAGGUUACCAAGAUACCUUAUACGUCUACUCCCAACGCCAAUUCUAUCGUGACUGUGACAUUUAUGGAACCUUAGACUUUAUAUUUGGUGACGCUGUAGCUGUUCUUCAAAACUGCAACAUCUACAUACGUAAACCAAUGAGCAACCAAAGGAACACGGUGACAGCACAAGGAAGAACCGACGCUAACGAAAACACUGGCAUAAUUAUCCAUAAUUCCCGGGUUACAGCGUCGUCGGAUUUGAGGGGCGUUCAAGGUUCGUUCAAGAGUUAUUUGGGGAGGCCAUGGCAGAAAUAUUCGAGAACUGUAUUCAUGAAGAGUGUUUUGGAUGGAGUGAUUACGGCAGAAGGUUGGUUACCAUGGAGUGGAAGUUUUGCUUUAAGUACCCUUUACUAUGCCGAGCACAUGAAUACUGGUGCUGGUGCAGAUACUAGUGGAAGGGUAAAGUGGGGUGGAUAUCAUGUCAUAAGUGCCGCCGAGGCCGGAAAAUUUACCGUGGGGAAUUUUCUGGCUGGAGAUGCUUGGAUUCCGGGCACUGGAGUGCCAUUUGAUGCUGGCCUGUGAUUUUUUUUUUUUCUGAACUUUUGGAUGGGGGGUGAUUUCGUCAUUUGGAAAAUGUAAAUAGGAAAGUGACCCAGAUGUUUCAAUCGUGAUAUAGUUUGUGUUGGUAGCACUUAACUUUAUAGGUGAUAAAAUAGGAAAUAUUGCUCUAUAUUAUACAAUAUAUAUUGUUGAAUUUGUCAAAGUGGAGAAAAUAAAAGUUGUAUAAUGCAUGGAAUGCUGAAUUACAUGUACUUGUUGUACUUGUAUUUGUGAAGAAAUAAAAUAGAACUAAUACCAGUUUGUCUUUGCUACUUCA